AUGGAAUCAAUGCUCACUAGUUUAAUGGUUUUGUGCGAUGGAUUUCAAAGUUCCAUCAAAGGGGUUGAGUUUGCUGGGUUACCAGGAAUGCUGUUGCGCCGGCAUGAGGGGACCGAACUUGUCCUAUUGCACGUUUGCGAUAACAAAGAGGCACUGCAUCGCAGCAAUGAUGCGGCCGUCAACGCAGCGGGUUCACAUCCUCACGUGGGAGCGGCAUCAUCGGCCCUGUUAAGCUCGGACGAAAUCGUGCAGCACGCGCUGGCAAUGUGCACAAACGGUAGCAACAGUGGGUCGUUUAUUAAUAUGACUAAUUUAAGCUCCAAUGCAGAGGCGCCAAACACGACCGACGAGCAAAAUAAAUCCAUCAAGGAAAAGUCUCAGGUGUCACUCCCUAGCUUCCUGGUGAUCUAUAACACACUAACGGCUAUUCAAAAAAACAAGGUGCUUGCGGGGAAGCUGAACUAUAAACUGAUGACCUCAUUGCUUUCGGGAGCAGCUUCGUGGUUGCCCAUUUCUGAAGAUGAAGAUGCUGAAGGAAAAUGUGGGGCUGCGACGGCCGUUGCGACGUACGCUGCCACAAACGCACGGCAAUACAACACGAACACGAUUGUCCUGGGAGCUGGAAAUAUCCCUGAAGGUAAGACGUUGAGAGUGGGUGCCGUGGCAAAGCGGGUUCUGCAGCUCAAAAAGGACUUUUUCCUUUAUUUCAUGAAGGCAAACGGGUUAACACUGCGCGUGAGUACUGCACGGGUGUUCUACAUGGUGCUCGUUCCUGUGAUGGUGCAGGAUGACGACAACGAUGGAAAAGCUGAAGAGCAGCUUCAGGCCGGGGUGGAUGCCGUGAACUACGCCCUCCAGCGGCGCCGCGCACAGGGCGAUGGAGCGGCGCCAGAGAGUUUGCAACACUUCAAGGAUGUCAUCGCCGUGACACUGGUGGUAGAACCAGACGCUGACCCUUCGAAGACCGAGCAGUACAAGCAAACCUUUGAGGGUAUAUUAAACAGCGAGAACCUUCGAAGGAUCGAUCUGGAGAACGGCGUGAAGGAACAGAAUGAUACGGAUGUAAAAAAUAACGUCGAAGCGCGUGCUGGGGAUACUCCUGAGGAGGAGGUUAAUAAGAUCCCUUCAACCGAGGUCAUACCCAUGGUAUCUACUUGUAUGCUAAAGCCCAGCAAGGCCAAUCGACAUCCUACCGUACGCAACGCCUCUGCGCAAGCUACGAAGUUUGCUUCUUCCUUCAAGCCGAGCUUUCUAGUAACAGCAAGUGUAGCCCCAGGCGAACUGCAUCUUUGCAUGUUGAAAGAACUAAAGUAUCAUUGUAUAAUUGUACCAAAACAAGUACAAAAGUAA